GCGACAGAGAUAAAGGUUCAAUGUACAUUGUGAGAAUAAUUCAUUCAGUAAAUAUUUGAGACAUUUUGAUGGAUAUAAACGACUUUAUAAGAAGUUUAUAUUUUAUGUAAAUAUUUUUAUGAAGUGUGUACUAUGUAAAUAAAUCAAUUCACCCGAAACUGGAACAUAUUAAAUAAUGACAGUUAAUAUAUCUUAGCUUGACUGUGUACGGAUUUUGAUGUAAAUAAUAAGUAUAAUAUCAUUUGCUUCUUACAAAUGCAUUCAUGUUUGGAAUACGUUAUCGCUCUCGUCGCCACGUGCUUUGGAAUGUCACGUGGUGUACCGCCUCCACCCACGUGGCCUGAAUUGUACAAGUCAUGUGUUAAUGUAGCUACCUCACGCGAGUUUAUCAAGGCGGGCUGGUACGUGGAUACGGAGAACCGCAGAAUGAGACUGGACAGCUAUGGCAUCCCACAGGGUAUGAACGCCUCGACGGCGGAAUUGCUACAAUACUACCUUAGUCAGGUAGAGGACGACGAUUACGCCUGUGAGCAGUACGGCCCACCGAUCUACAUAUUCAUAUACCGUUACGACCUCGGCAAAAUGCUCAGCAUAUUUCCGGCACCUGACCCGCCAUAUCGCUCCUGUAGAAUAAGCACACUAUAUAACAAGUUUCCCAGCAGCCCUCUCGCACCGGAAGUAGAAUUCGUGGAGGAGUCACGUGACAAUAUCACCAGUUUCUACCACUGGAGGUCGGAGUUCUUUCUGUUCACCAUCGAUUAUUUAUUCCACGUGUCCAAUGGACUGCCGUAUAAGUUAAUCGUCAACGAAGACGAAAAUCUGUUCCUGUCCAUUUCUCAACAUGACGUCACAGCCGACACGUUUCAACCUCCUGCACACGUCGUCUGCACGUAGCGUGUGAAUGAAUGACAUCUAUAAAGACAGCGCACAUUUAUAUUCAUCGAGCUGUGAUGUUGUCACUAAACAACUUUCAAGACUGCAAACUCGAUUUACCUUAUUGUAAUAUUGAGAUAACGUCUAUGUCUUAACAAACAAAUCAAUCGACACAUAUAUAUGUUUUUUGAAAGCAUUCAGUGCGUAAUGUUUAAUUAAAGGAUUUAUAUGGUGUCGCUUUAUUGUAACACAUGAUUUUAUUUCCAUAAUAAUUCGUAAAGAUUACGGGUACAUCAUUUGCGUAAAUGUGAUUUUUUAGCUCACCGGAGUAAAACGUGCUUAUUGUGAGCCUAAGGGAAGUUUUACGGCGUCUACAUUUACUUUGAUAACACCCUAGAGGUCACUUUUAUUGUCAAAUUUUCAUGAAACAUAUGUCCGAAUGAUAUCUCGGUUUAGUUUGAUACUGGACCACGUGAAGUUUAAAACUAGCUGACAAAGUAAAUUAAAGAAAAUAAAGAAGAAGCUUGUUCAUUGGUUUUAACUUUUAAGCAAUGGCUGGCUGUUCAGAAUUAACAGCGCCAUUUAAAUCAUAUACUUUGUACAUAUUUUGACCUUUGAUUUGUGAAUAUAACAUUAUUGAUAAUAAACUCGGUUCAUUUGUUAA